AUGAGACAGAUAAGACGGAUACAAAAAUGUCCACCAAAAUUGUGGAAUUUUUACGAAACUGCCAUACUUGGACUAACUCGUACAAAUAAUGGUUUAGAAGGAUGGCAUAACAUCCUUCAAGAACAAGUUGGUGGUCAUCAGGUGACAAUUUGA